AUGAAGAGAUCUCAAAACAUUGAGACAUUCUUUAUUGUCAAGAAGAAAAAAGAUCAGCUGCUGGAGACAGUGGGGCUACAGCAUCCUCUUCAGGACAGCAUUCAGCAGAUUCUCAUCAGUGAGGGUGACAGCCAUUCAGAUGAGGAUCCACAAGCGUCUUUAUGUGAAAGUGGCAGCGACACAGACGAGGCUCCACAUUCUCCGCUCUCCACAUCGUCCCAGUCAUCAGGAGGCUACUCGAAUUGGAAAAAAGCCAUGUAUAAAGAUGGGGGGUUUAAAAUGCAUGAGCAGUCAGAAGGGCAUGUUAAUGCCAUGUUUGCAUGGAGUGAAUUCAAGAAUAAUAUAAUUAAAGACUCCUCUAUACGAGAGGCUUUGGACAAAGCCUACAAAAAAAAAUUUGAAGAAAACAGGAUGUACAUAAAGACAGUAGCAGAAGUGCUUCGGUUUACAGCCAUGCAGAAUGUUGCUCAAAGGGGACAUGUUGAAAGUGAUAGUUCACAAAACAAAGGAAACUUUGUAGAAAUGAUGGAAUUGAUUUCGAAACACAGUGCUCUGGUUGAAAAGAAAAUGAAUGGUGCAAGAAAUGCCAAGUAUAUCAGUAACACCAUUCAAAAUGAAGUUUUGGAAUGUCUGUCAGAUAUGGUCCGUGAACAAAUAAUUAAGGAAGUUAAGGAAAGCAAUUAUUUUUCUGUUAUUGCAGAUGAAACAAAAGAUCUUAAAAAAAAAGGAGCAGCUGUCAUUAGUACUAAGGUCAAGGUUAUGAUGGUGCAGCAGUGA